ACUAGAAGUAAUUAAAAAUAUUUUCCUCUGAGUGAAACUCUUUAUAAAGCCCGCUCUGCUCUCCUCCGCCAACUGAACCUUUAUUUAAGUUGACUCGGUCCAAUCGCUUCGCGCCAUUUGUCGUUCAUGUGAAUCCAAGAUGGCGGCAUGAACUGCAAAUCGAGGGUUCCAAAGUCUUAUUUUAGAAAAAUUAGUCCGUUAGUCUUAAUGUUCUUAGAGAGGUGUGGUUUGUUAUGGAGUUACUUGAGGGCCUGAGGCAAAGAAAAGGGUCUGUUAAUGGAGGGAAAGGCGCGAAGAAAGUUGAGGAAAUAAAAUCUUGCGAUCAAAAGGACUUUAAGGAAGUGUCAGCUGAGGCAAGGCGAACUGAUUUGGAACCUGGAACUUACUGGCUGACGAGGAUCGUGUUUCUGAGGUCACUUGGCUUUAUUUAUUGUAAGUUGUUUCAACUACUCACUUAUGUGAUUAACAAAAUUUGAAAGAAACUUGAUUUUUAGAAAGUAUUUCCAAGAUUUAAGUUUGGGAUAUGCAUACUUUAUUGUUGUACGGGGAAUGAAUUCAAAAGAAAAAAUCUAACCGUCAUCAUUCCCGAAAACAGGUCCAGAAGUUCAGUUUUAGGCCCACAUGUGAAGUGCUGGACUGUAGAAUUGUAGACUUGUACAUGUUCAUUAAAACAGCUGAUGUGAUCAGUACAAUGGAUGUCUGAUCAAUUUAAAUGACCUAAGUUUAAGUACCUCGGUUAACCCUUUAACUCCCAGAUCAAAUUUGUAACUCUCCUUACUGUCAACCAUACAAUUCUUUUAAUGUUAGUUCAGAGAAUUUAGUAUUGUAUCAACCAAUGAUCCCCAAAUUUAUAUUUUUCUUAAUUCUCAUCACUUAUCUGGUUGAUAUUGUAUUCAUUUUUGACAAUUGUAAGGAGAAAUUCUGUCUCGGUUCCUCAUGGGAGUGAAAGGGUUAAAAGACAUGAUUAUGGUUUCUCCUCGCAUACAUUCAUGGGAACAAAAUCCUAUCAUUGUGGUAGGUCUGAGAAUGCCAAUACAUUGGUAUUUUUAAACUAUAGAUGAUGAAAUACUUGUGGGUUUCUCCUGUGGUGUCCAAUUUACAGAGCACAUGCAAUAAUAUUCCUUUGUAAUUGUUAUAAAAAUAAUAUACUAGUCAUUUGUGGUAUCAAAACACCUUUAAGUCGAUGAUCAAGUUCAAGAGAUUGGUCAAUUUGAUCUCUGAAUUUUUUUAAUGGACAGUUUCCUCUUCUUAUUUUCAGUUGUGGCUUUUGCAGUUGCCUUGAAUCAAAACAAACAGUUGCUAGGAAAAAAUGGGCUUCUUCCAUCAGACUUAUAUCUGAAAAAAAUUGAUGAACAUUUUGAUGAUGCUGGGUGGACAAAAGUCCUUCAUGUUCCAACCUUGUUACUCUUCACUGACAAAACCAAGAUUGACGAGCAUUUGGACAUUUUGGCAUAUACUGGGAUGUUCUUCUCAGGACUCAUCCUACUAUCAGGAUGUGCAAACAUGAUUAUUAUGGCCUUACUGUGGGUUCUCUAUCAUUCUAUUGUCAACAUUGGGCAAAGAUGGUAAGUGUUUGAUAGGGUGUCUUGUCCCUGUCAACUUUUAAUGAGUCAAAGACAUGAGAUGCUUAAAAAUAUUAGAAGACGAAUCCAAAUAUCACCAAAUGCAUCCCGAAGAGUGGAGAUGAAAAACACAGACUCAUUAGCUACAGGGUUUUAUAAUGACACAACAACAAAUUCUCAUGACUGAUCAACAAGAAGAUACAUAGCAGCUUAGAAGGAGAAGUACAGUUUAGAUAUUGGAAGACAAAGGGUUUAACUGAGGUGUUUUAAACAAGGCCAUGAAUAAUUAUAAUGAAAUUUACCUGUGACUGCAAGUAAGGAUGGUAUUAAAGAUGAAAACUUAUAUUAAAGUUCAUAAUUGCGAGCACAAUUUUUUUUUUUGUAUAUCAGUUACCAUGGGACUGCCUGGUAAACAAACCUUGCAUUACAAAUACCCAAUCAAGCUUAAUUUUAAAAUCAACACAAAUGAUUGUUGGUAGAUUUUCAUACAUUUAUCAUUUGUAAAUCUAAAUGUUUUUCUAUUACUUUGUUGUUGUAGGUACUCAUUUGGUAAGUGUAAUCACAAUACAUAUUUUUUGUGUGGAUUUUUAGAACAUAGCUGGUUUUGUAGAAUAUAGUUGGUUUUGCAUUUUAAAUACAAACUAAUUUCUUUUUCAUUGUAGGUUGGGAAUCGCAGCUUCUUGAGACUGGUUUCCUAGCCAUCUUUUUGUGUCCAGUGUUUAAAUUACAGCAAGUACCCAGUUACACACCAACACCUCUGGUGGUUGUGUGGGGAUACAGAUGGCUUAUCUUUCGCAUUAUGAUUGGUGCUGUAAGUUUUGGCAAGAAGUAUUGAUUUAACUAGUUAUAAUGUAUUGUUUCAUUAAAUAAAUAUAAAUGAUAUUGAUUAAGCUUCCAUAGGCAGAGCUCUGACCUAACCCUAGGUAUAGGAAAACUGUCAGCAAUAGUGUUGAACUUCAGUUGUGAACAGCAUCUUCAGAUGUAAGAAUUUUUACAGUAGAUAAAUUCCGAGGUGCUCAGGACAAAACAGAAAAUAUAUGCAAAAGCAAAAAUUCCAAAGCACUAACCCAAGGUACCUGAUUUCAAACUUGUAAAGGAAGGAUCAAUGAUAGGUUCCCUUGGAGUAUAUUAAUUUGUAAUUCUAAUAUUGCAUGCUUUUUAUCAUUAAGGGACUGAUCAAGAUAAGAGGUGACCAAUGCUGGCGGGAUCUGACAUGUAUGAACUAUCACUAUGAGGUAAUUAAUUUUGAUGACCUUCCAUUAACUGGAAGAGUGGAUGUAAUCCUAAAAAAAUCUUCAUCCAAUCUUUGACAGACUCAGCCAGUGCCAAAUCCUGUGAGUUAUUUUAUGCACCAGUCUCCAGAGAUAUUCCACAAGAGUGAAACUUUGGUCAAUCAUUUCAUUGAGUUGGUGGUUCCAUUUUUCAUCUUUCUGACAAGAAGAUUUCGAAUUUGGUGUGGCAUUUUACAAAUUCUUUUUCAGGUGAGUUUUCUGUAUUGUCAACUUUUCAUUCCCCUGUCCCAUAAGAUGUUAAACAUUUUAGGAGCAAGGAACUGAAAAUAAACUUAGUUACCCUCAAGGAUUUUAACUCUGACUCUGAGCUUCAGGGAAUUCACUGGCAAGCUAGACCAUGCUUCAGAUUCAUUUGUGACAAUCCUCUUAGAUACCACUAGGAUCAUAACUGUUAUAAGUCUGCUAAUUUUCAUAGCCUGGUUAUUUUAAGAAGAGAAAAUUUGAACAUAUUUUGUCCCAGUGAUAAAUCUAGGUUUGGGGUUCAAACUCCUUGACCCACUUCCCCUCCCCCCUGGUAUUUUUUCUACUUGUCUGAAAUCACAAUUCUUCCAUAAAAAAAACUGUUGUUACUCAACCAGAAGUAUUUAAACUUUACAUACUGUUAAGUAUUUUUUUAGCUUCUUUAGACUUAGGGGUUAAAAAUACUGCUGUGUUUUCUGAAUCAGAGUUUGGACCCAUGCUGUUAAAAAAUUACAGGAUCUGCUGAGGCUAGUGAGUUUCAUUAUGGUCAUAAUUAAAUUUUUGAUCAGCCAUUGAGGUCGUUGUGUUGUUUACUCCUGUUAAGCUAGGUUAUUUUGAUCAUCAGUGGCAACCUGAGUUUCCUAAACUGGCUGACCAUUCUUCCCAGUCUCCUGUGCUUUGAUGACAAAAGCCUGGCUUUCUUGUUCUCUUCAUCAUCAGCCAAGAGAGAAGUGAUUAGAAUACAGCAUCUCCAAAAGACUGAUGCAACUGCAUCAAAACCCACCUGGGGUAUGUACAGGUCUAGACAGUCUUGAAAUAAUCGGUUUGUUUUACAUGAGAUAGUAGCUGAAAUAAUCGGUUUGUUUUACAUGAGAUAGUAGCUGAAGAGCUCUGACGAAAUCAACGUAGUCUAAUUGGCCAAUCAGAAGGAAGGAAUACCAAAAGCAGCAAAUGAGAACUCAAAGUACAUCCGGCCAAACUACCUAAAGCCCGGGAAAACGUCGGCGACCAAGCCGUGAUUGGUUGAGAGAGUUAGGCGAGUUUUCUGGACCAAUCACAGAGCGAGAUAAAGCAAAAACGAAGCAAUCCAGAAUUACUUUGGACACUCAAUCGAAUUUAUUAAAAAGCUUACUCGGCAAAUCAGUCUCUCUCGUCUGCUGUUGGAAAGUCAAAAUAUACAGUGUGUCUAUAAGAGCAAACAUUUGAGAAAAUGUGUGAAAAAUUAGUUGUACGUGGUACGAAUCAAUUGUUUGUUUAUUUGUUUCUUUGCGGCUUGUCUUUGUUUGUAGGUCUUUGUGUUCGUCGUGUGUUUGAGCUCAUGCUUGGAUUCGUGUUAGCUUAUCUUAGUAUCCCUGUGGUGCAGAAUCUUCUGUCCUCUCGACAAGCCAUGAACACAUCGUUCGACUCUUUCAGGAUUGUGAACACUUAUGGCGCCUUUGGAAGGUACUUUAAGUAACACAAAAUUCAAAACCUUGUAAGCCAGGUAUUGUUCACUGCAUUCAAUUCGUUUUGUCUCAAGCGUAGAACUAGCGGGCUUUCAAAUUUCAUAGCUCUCGAUUUUUGUCUUAUAGACAUGUAUCUUAUGUCAAUCUCCAACUUUUUUAUCAAUUCGGCAAUGUAAACAAAUUUGCUCUUAAAAGGUCAAAACUAGUCCAGUGUAAGGAUCACAGAGGUUUGUUUCUACGCUUUGCCAACGCCCUGAUUCAUCCACACGGGCUCUGAUUGUAUUCGACUUUCCACUCUUUGAUUUUCCCUCUCGUUAAUUCACUUGUAGACUUGUAAACUGAACUGAAUUUUGCUGACAUCUGAUUGGCUGGAGGGACAUGCGAAGCAAAACACACAAACUCAAUAGCAAAUUAGUUUCUUCACAAACCUAAAAAUUUGGUUACAGCGCGAGUGUUGGAUUCGUAAUAUAUGAAAUCGUGUUUCCUUUCCCUAGUGUAACAAAAGAAAGAACCGAAGUGAUCUUCCAAGGUACUAGAAAUUUGACAGUAAUACCGGAUGAAGAAGGCGGGAUCUGGGAAGAAUAUCAGUUUAAAUGCAAACCAGGUGACCCCCGCAGGCGGCCUUGUCUCAUUUCACCUUAUCACUACAGACUGGACUGGCUCAUGUGGUUUGCAGCUUUUCAGGUUAGUGUUAAAAAUGGCUCGCCUGUUAGAAAUAAUAUAAGUCAGAGGCCUAAAUACGAAGACGCCGCCAACGAUCCGAACAGUGAAAAAGACAAGGCUAUAUAUUCAGUGGUAGCAGUUUUUUUUCUUCAAAUAGGAAUCAGAGAACUGCAAGAAAAGCCUGGUAAAAUGCUUGGAAUAACCUGGUAGAGUGAGGCAUCCCAUCCAGCGGGGAGUAGUAAUACUCCUUGGCGUAUCUUGUUUGAAAACCGGAAUGAGCUCCACCUGGAUGGGCCACUUGGCUACAGUGCAGGCUUUACUUCCUUUUUUGCUUUUGUUUUAGAUUUACUUCACUCUGUGAUUGGUCUAGAAAAUUCACGCCACCCCCUUAACCAAUCAGAUGCAAAACUAAAACCAAUCAAAACUUGUUCGCUCGCGUUUAACCACGCUUUAGGCAGUUUGGUUGUUUUACUUGGAGUUCUCAUUGGCUGCUUAUGGUAUUUCCCUAAACGCAAACCUAAUUCUGUUUUUCAGAACUUUCAGUACAACCCUUGGCUGAUACACCUGGCAGCUAAACUUCUUGUUAAUGAUGAACAGGCCACUUCAUUGAUAGCUCACAACCCAUUCUCUAAUGGUACUCCUCCGUUGUAAGUAUUGCAUAGUGAUGCUAUCUUUGUUGUUGUUUAGUUUGGUUGUAAUAUUAUUGUCACUAUUGUCGCUAACUCAUACUAGCGCAUUUGGAAAACGCGUGCGACUUGUUCAGCAGAGAAUGGUCCAACGAGCUAUUGGCGUUCGUCGCUUUCCCCGCCCCAUCCUUUCGUCGUCUAUUCAAUCCGUGAGCCUUACACGACACUGUUCACAUUCAGACUCGAUCCCAGUCACUUCUUCGAAGAGUUGGUCAAAUGCGCAUGACGUGAGGGAAGGUCUAAAGUAUUUGCGUCCUACACAACACACUGUGCAAGUUUUGCGAUGAAGUAAUUUCUGCUCAGUCUUCCGUUACUUUCGAAAAAUGGUUACGGAUGGACAAGGGACGAGUCUAAACCCAGACUAAUCGAUUUACUUUGAAACGUGUCUGUCGCCUUAUGGCCCAACCAACCUGCUCUGUCUUCCGUUACUUUCGAAUAAUAAUUAGGGAGAGUUUGGGGACGAGUCUGGACCCAGACUACUCGAUUUACUGUAAAACGUGUCUGUCACUUAAUGGCCCAACCUUCUGAGCGCGUCACCCACCACAGGCUGUACAACCCUUGGGUCUAAAUGAAGCUGAAUUCCUUUACUUUUGUUUUUUCUUCCCUCGCUAGAGUUAUUCGUGGUGAACGCUACCUAUAUAAAUUCACAAGAAUUGGGAGCGAAGAAGCACGUUCUGGACUCUGGUGGAAACGGACUAGAGUUGGGCCAUACUUUCCACCACUGGAAAUAACUUCACGAGCUGUUCGGGACUACUUGAAAUCUCACGGGUGGAGGGUGCCGAAACUAAAGAAGACGAACAAUGCCCCAAGAACUUGACUUUAACAGAACUGCAUAUGAUCUAUCCUUUAACAUGAACCUGUUAUACAUGAUACUAUCAAGGUCGUAAAGUACGGGUUUGUACUUUCUCUCUGAGACUUUGCGACUUUCUUUUUCCAGCUCCUCUCUGUUAAGAUUUAUGGAAACAAGUGGACUUAUUUGAAAAAAUUUACGAGUUAGUAAAAAAUUAAGAUUAUUUAGAUGUAGGAUUUGUUCUGCGAUAGCGACGCUGCAACAGGUAGCAGUAGCGUGUUCGCUUCGAGCGGUGAUUUUUAAUCCAGUCAUUUGAGGAACACCUCGUCGUACGAGAGCCAAUAAAAUAACAAAGACGAAAAUGUUGAAUACCGUUAAACCAAUCCGUAAACUUCGGCCAACUUUCUCCCGCUCCAUUUGAACGCCAGUAACAAAAGGUAAGUACUUUUCAAAGAGCUCGUGACCACAGAAUAUGAGUAAAUAAGUUUAUUCACUAAACUCAAGCGCCAGUGAGCCUAAACGAAAUACUUGAAUUGAAAUGGUUACCGCAUGAAUCUUUCACGAUACGGAACCUUAUAAAAAUAGCUAUCAUAUUAUCAUUACAAAAAUACCUUUCGAUUGACAAACUGUG